GCACAAGGUAAGGUUAUCUUUUUAUUUUUUCCUUAUUCCAUACCGGUAUUUAAUAUUAUUUCAAUUGGUACGGAUAUCUGCAUUAUACUGUAAUUAUUAUUAAUUGAUAAUUCAGUAUACGAAAAAUUGUCGUAGGUACGUCUAGAAGUAUUUUAGUACCAAAGCUGGAGCAACAUAUGAUGAUGAUGGAAUGAUCGUGCCCAAUGGUUAAUAAUCGUCUGACGUAUGUAUUGUACAUACGGAGAAAGCCACCAAUGGAUAUGGCCGUAUUAAAAUUCUCCACGUAGUAUUUGUCCAACAAACAUUUGGUCAAAGGUUACUCCGAAUCAUAACGACACUAUUGUUUAGUAAUCACUUUUCUUUCUUACAGACACCUUCCAUGUUAUGAAUGAACUUUCAGUGAAACGAUAUAGGCCUGCCACUGCUAAACACUGUGAUAGGAGUUACGGUUACCACACAGGUAAUCAAACGGUUAAGCAAUAAAUCAAAAGAGAAAAUCACAUCAUGACUGAGGAUUUAUCAAACACCAUUUGGAAUGGAAUCUACAAAUUUGUAACAUGGUUGCGUCGAAAGAAUAUAAGAAAUCCUGAUACAGCAGAAGAAGAUGACAUUGGUCCAAUUGAGCCUGCGAUAUACGGUGAAAGUUUAAUUCCACAACGGAAAUCCCAACCACUGUUGAUGGAGCUGAGAAGGUACUACCGUGAUUAUGUAGCCAUCCCAGUUGACAAGCGAAAUAGGGCUUUUGAGGUCGUAGAAGAUAUUAAAAACUCUCUCCAGAAGUUCGUACAAGAUGAAAGCAAGACAAAUUACACUUUUGGCGACAUUAUGCCGCAAGGCAGUAGUUAUGAAGGACUAAAAGUUAUGGAACCAGAUGAGUUUGAUCUCUUACUGCCACUGAUGUUAAAAAAUAGUAAUUGGGAAUAUAGUAAAUAUCAAUCAUCCGGAUAUGUUUUCAUCACCAAAAUACAAGGUUAUAUUUUCAAUACUAAAACCCCAUAUGAUAACGCCAUUGUCAAUGAUGUCUACUUGAGUCCUAUUGUGAUAAAAAGAAAGAUGCAGUCGAUAGUAAAAAGAGCAGUAGAUAAUAUGGUUUUCCCAAACGUCCAACGUGUUACUCUACGAGAAAGUGGUCCUGCGCUGACACUAGAAGUGCUGUAUGAUGGCUCACAACGAAUGAGCAUCGAUGUUGUUCCAUCUAUUAACAUCGGGAACAAAUUGGUUGUUGCAAAGCGGCAUCCUGAUAGUGAUCAGUAUCAGAGCAGAACUGACCACAACAUGCUCAAUAACCUCUGGCGGGUGAGUUUUUCAGAAAACGAAAAAGCUAUUAUCAGAGAAAUGGACGGUAUGUACGAAUGUCGUCGGACUUGUUUAAAGAUCCUCAAGACGAUUCAAUUGAGGAAGGGGUCCUCUCAACUUGGAAUGCUCUCGUCGUAUCACCUUAAGACAUGUAUGCUGCAUCUCAACGCCGAUAGAAGCAUUGGGUCCUGGCACCAGGACAACCUCGACGAUUGUUUCAAAGACCUUCUAAUGAUACUGAUUCAGUUCCUAAAUGACGGAAAAAUGUCAAGCUUCUUUGAUCCUAACAUAGAUCUGUUUUCAACUAACAAUACAAUUCAAUUACAGAAUAUCAGAGGUUGGCUGGAAAGAAUAAUUAAGUCAGAUGAUAAAAUUAUUAAUGAAAUGUUGUAGUAAAGGUGAGUAUUAUUUACACAUGUAUUGUCUUCGUAUCUACAAGACAAGACAACAUUUACAUCACUGAUUCCAAAAUUUGUAAAUCGUAUAUAAUUCAUGUUUAUUUCAACAAUGUUCUUUGUUUCAUUCUGGUUUUUUGUUAAAUACGUUAUUAAAGGAAGUAAAAUGUUUUAAGG